GUCUGUCUGUAUAUGGAUGGUGGUGGCUGUUUAUGUUGAUGGUGGUGGUAUUGUAUGUUUCCAUUCUCAGUGGGGUAUUUGUGGACUGCAGGGAGUUAGGUUGUAUGGUUUAGGAUACUGUGGGCCAUGGUAGUCAAAGGAGGAAUCCUCGCUCUCUGUCUCUCUACAUCUGUUGUAGAUAUUACUGCUUUUUAAUUAUCCCGACAGACUUUGGAGUUUCAAGUGAAACAAGCUGUAAGUAAGCAACACAAAACCAUCAAAUAUCUCUUCACACGAUGUGUGGUGAGUUCUUGGUCCAGCUGGUUGUUUGUCUUUUAUAGUAUUGAUGAGAGGCUUUCUUCAUUAGUUGUUUAGCUCAAACGUUCUUGUCAUAACCAUACUUACCAUCGCAGUUUGAGCUUGCGAUGACAAAUAUUGCUGAGAUCUGUGAGGUAAUUAAAAGGUGAUUGAAAAGAAAUUGUGGUUGAUCCCAGAAGAAGAGAAUUUAAACUAUACAGCAUUACAUUGUUUACAAGAGAUACUUUGCAGGUCAAGAAUCAUUUCCAGAGAUGCUAUGUCAUUUUCCAUAUCAAAACAUGCAAAUUAAUUUAGAACUUCAAUGAUGGUGUAAUUCCAAAGUUGCAUAGACAAAUAGGGAUUUUGUAAUGUUCAUGUUUGCCUUUGGUUCAGGAGACGUUUUCAUGUAUUUGUCUUUUGAUGGACCAGACAAAUGUCAACAAAUAUGUUCAAAGUUCAAUCAUGACUGAAAUUCAGCAAAUGGCUCAGAAGAAUGUACAGGGGAAUUAAAAAGUAUUCACUUUUUAUUGGGUUUUUGGAAUUACAUAAUUGGUGAAAGUCUGAAAGGAUUUUCUUUUCCAAAAAUGUAAUUUCCCACAUUAAAAAAAGAUAGCCAUGUUGUUAAUUUUUGUGGUUGUUGGAGACAGACACCUUUCACCUCAGGUGAGAAUAUGCUGAUCACAACCAUUUGCAUCCCCUAUUCAAAUGUAUACAUGAACAGAUUGUCAGUAGCCCUUAGAUUUUCAAAGCUUCAAGUAGAUUGCGUGUUUUUAUUAGGUGCAACAAAGGGACUAAUGUGAAGCAUUCACUGAAAACAUUCACAAUCACCAAAUCUGCAUUUCAACACAGAUGUUUCCCACUGUGUUGCUAUGCCAGUGCCUGGAUCACUGUAACAUGACAGAGCUUUCUUUUCAGAGACUCGCAAAUUUUAGGUUACUUUCAUCUUUCAUUCUCUUUCAUUCAUUCUCUUUCCUUUAAUAUCUUAUCUGUUUUAAGAGAUUGUGGUCUGCUACUGUGUCUGCCUGUGAUGUCAGAUGUGUUUGAGUGGCAGUAAUGCGAGCUGGAGUCAGUUGGUGCAAAACAAUUUUGUCUUGGAAUAACAUUCCAGAAAAAAUCCAUUGUGAAGUUCAUUUGGCUCAUGCACAGAAUCAAGGAAUUUGCUUUUGAUGGAAAGGUCGUCAGUGAGGGUUUUGUUUACCUUCGGUAUAAAUUUGGGCAGAAUCCUUCCCGGAGGCUCCAGAUUAUUACAGAUGGGCACGGAGAUAACAAACUUUAUUUAUGACUCAAAUUUAGACUCCAAUUUAGACUGUUUCCCUGCUAGACUCAGAUAAGUGGUUGAGAAUACUUUAUAGUUUUUUGCAAACCUUGGCUGACAACUGAUCUGGGAGCAGGAGGUGAGUGAAGAACAACGCUGUUUGCUUAGUGCCGACACUGAAAGGGAUUUUAUGCCAGAUGCACUAGGUCUAGUCAAAACAUACAAAUGUCAGCAUAACGAUGAACGUCUCUAAAUAAAUGGACAGCAAGAAUUAGUCAUUUGUUUCUGUCUAGAGGUGGUUUCCUGAGGACAGAGGAACAUGGUCAGUCUUUUUGGGUUUGGCCUGUUUUAUAGGAAGAAAAUGGUUAACAAGCUUGACAUGCUAGGAUCUUACAUGUUAUACUCUGCCAGAGUCAUUGGGCAUGUCUUCUCUUCUCUCUCUAUGUAGACUUAUCUUAUCCUACUUGUAUUGUGUAGCGACUGGAGUCUGAUACAUAGCAUGCUACUGUACGAUGGCUGGGAAAGCUAGAAAAGAAGCUGUAAGAAGCUGUUCAUUCCCACGUAGUCUUGAUGCCCCAACUCGGGCCAUCCUUGGAGAUGUGAGAGUAUGCACUCUUAAACAAGCACAGGGUUGAAAGCAUCACAGGAGGGGAAAACCACUGCUGAGCUGACAACUUUCAUCUCCACUUGGCGAGCCCCUGGUCAGCUGGACCUAAAUUAUGAAUGCCAGUUUGGGCUGGAGUCGAGAGAAAAGGGAGCGUGGGUGCGGUGGCACGGCUGUGUGUUGGGCUCUGAUGUGCCGGCUUUGAGCUGUGUCUGCCCUGUGCCGGUGACGUGGCUUCUUGGCGUGCUGGGCUGGAGUACUGCUGUCUGCUGGCUGGCUGCUGUGGUGAGUUGGUCAGGGGCUCUACCCAGUCUGAGGGAGGGUGAGUGAUCGGUGGUAUCGUGGUGCUCUAGAUCGGGUGCUGUAGAGAGACGAGCUGUGCUGUGUGGUGAUAAUGUCAUGUGUUAGAAGCUACUGUGCAUCGCUUUGCUGGUCUGCGUUAUGUUGGAUUGUGCAUGGGCAAAUCAAAUCAUCUUACUGGUCAUGCCCGGCUCUGCCCUCUAAAUCAUGCAUGUUAUUUACAGUAAAGAGCAACAGAAAUGCAGUGGCGUGAACCGGUGUUUCUUGAAAAUCCUGCGUCCUGUCCCAACAGUUUCCUAACCCCAAACAUGACCCUACUCUUAUGUACAUUUUGUACUAUGUACUUAUUAAAGAACUACAUUGUAUUAAGGAAUUAAGUCCUUAAUAUGUUAAGUGGGGCCAACUGGCAAAUGGGUUGAAUAACAGAUCAUAUUAUGUUGUCUAACUAAAAUGCACACUUUCAUUCCUGUCUUGUGGAUGCAGAAUGCAUGGAGCUCCAAGAAACCUACCGUCCUCGUGUGAGCUUACAGGCCUUAUGAAUUGCUUAUCUGUUCUCUAUCACUGAUGUGGAGAUGAAUUUCAUUUAGACUGUCAUGUAAGGAGCCUCAUUUAGGACAUCAAGGGUAAUGAGGGGAAGGGCGAUCUCUCUCUUGGUAUUAAAACCAGGUCAAAUGGGGUAUCAUGUCUUCAGUGUGUGAUUGAUGUACAUUGUUAAUAUACUGCCAAUUUUGUUCCUUUCAGUUAUUAAGGUGUAAACCUAAGCGAAAAACCGUCUAUUGUUACAGCUGUCUCUAGAUGCAGACCUUGGCUGUUAUCCGAACAGAGUGCCUGCUUGCACGAAACUCAUCAGCUUACAACCUCACCUCAUUGGCUGUUUAUUAUGUUUCAGACAGCUCUGUUCAAGUGUGUGAAAGUUAUUCCCCUUCUGAGACGACCGCCCAUUUGUGAGCAUGGGAACAGAGCGGCUGUGCGGUGCAUGGAUAUUAGUCUCCUGGACAGAACGAUGAAGAGCCGCAACUGAAGAAAGGCCUGCCUUUGGCAACGCAGGAAGUUGGGAGAGAGAGAGUUCAAACUUUUUUUUUCUCUCCUUUUCUUUUUCAUUUCCUUGACAAAUAUCCGUAGCAUACUGAGAGCUUCCCGCAGAGUCGAGAGCUGGACCAUGGCACUGUGCUGAAGAGAAAGCACCCAAGGACAAGCCAAGUUAAUGAGGAUCCUCCCACUGGAUAGAAAGGCCUUUAGCCUGACCAUCUCAGGUACUUCCUGUCCUCUCUGAUCGCCUAGGUGCUGGUGAGAGAUUUUACAACCACCUGGUGGUUGAUGGGGAGGUGAAUUUGACUGGCUGCCACCUGAUGUUUGGAGAUUGUUACCUUUGGACCUGCUAAGACAGUACAACGACCCAUAAAGCCAAACACACACAAACACGGACACACACAAACUAUCGUCAGGCUCUCACUGCAGAAGUCGUCAUGAUCAUGAAGAAGAAAUUGUGCCUGGGUGCACUGUUAUGCGGCAUCUUGUUCUUCGUGAUCGCCACACACACCAUCCAGAAGGAUGCCAGUUUGUCCAGCUACAUGGUGGUCUCCCCGGCAACCAAGGGGCGCACCACCAUCCAGACACCCACGCUGACGCCAACCACCACCACCACGCCUGUGCCUGUGUCCGGCCGAGAGAGCACCUGCAGCUGCAAAACCUGCGUGGCUGACACCGGGAAGUCGGAAUGGUUCGACCAGCUCUUCGACCGGGAGCAGCAGCCUUACCUCAUUAACGGCGAGUACAAGAUGGACCACGUCUCCUGGGAUUGGUGGCUGGGCCUGCAGCGGUCGGUGUAUGAUGAGACGCUGGAGGAGGUGAUCCACAAGAUGUUUACAGUGUUCUCCUCUCCGCUGGCGGAGUUGUCGGGCCAGCGGAAUCACUGCGGCAGCUGCGCUGUAGUGGGGAACUCUGGGAACCUGCUUGGUUCCCGCCAUGGUGCCGCCAUCGACUCCAACAAAAUAGUCAUACGAAUGAACAAAGCCAUCACGCAGGGGUACGAGGCUGACGUGGGGAACAGGACCACCCACCACAUCAUAUACCCGGAGAGUGCCGUGGACCUCUCCCCUGGCGUGCACCUCGUCCUGCUGCCAUUUAAGCUGCUGGACAUAAAGUGGCUGACCAGCGCCCUGUCCACAGGGGAGAUUACCAGGACGUACAUGAGGGUGAAGAACCUGGUGAGAGCCGACAAAGACAAGGUGAUGGUGAUAAACCCGAUGUUCAUCAAGUACACCCAUGAGAAGUGGAACAUGAAGCACGGGAGGUACCCGUCCACUGGCAUGCUGGCCAUCAUAUUCGCCCUGCACCUGUGUGACGAGGUGUCUGUGUUCGGCUACGGCGCUGACGAGAAGGGCAACUGGCACCACUACUGGGAGAACAACAAAAAUGGCGGCGCCUUCCGCAAGACAGGGGUGCACAGCGGCGACUUCGAGAAGAAGAUCAUCCACGAGCUGGACAAGGUCGGAAAGAUCCGACUCUACGAGAGAUGAGAGCGGGAGUCGGGGAGGGGGAGAGUUUGGGAAACGCCUGCGUGUGUGGAGGCCCGGGUAUGUUAAGUAUGCGCUGGAGGACUGGGAGAGCAAUUAGGGGAGAUAAGCCAAUGCCAGACUGGGUGGUCACUUUGAGUGUGCAGCGAAGAGGCUAAAGAGGGGAGAACUUCAGCCCCAUCUUCCACAUCCCUCCUCUCUCCCAAGUCAUGACCCCUGACCCCCUGACCCCCUAACCACUGUGGACAACUGCAGCCAAACCAAGGCGGCGCCCAUCUUGUUUUUGUAAGACAGAAACUAAAUCUAACCAGACAAAGGUUCCUUGAAACCAAAAUGGACUCACGAGGCUUGUUGUGCACCGUGGUGCACGUAUGGUGAUCAGACAGUGGAUCAUCAACAUAGAGAUAACGGUGACUAUUUGAGACGCCACAGAACCACGUGUGGAGAGACUGAGUGAAGCUAUCAUUGGAGCGGCCUUAUCUGAGCCAGUUUAUUUUGCUUUUGUUUCCCGUGACUGUUACGGUCGGCUCUGACCUGCCUUGCUCCCGAACUAAUCCCAAAGCUAUGUUAUAGAGGAAGCAGAGUUCUUCCCCUCUCCUUGUCAGUUUAUGUGUGUGUAUGCAUGUGUGUGUGUGUUGGGGGGGUGGUUGGAAUAGACCACUGAAGCCCACACUGGUGUCAGCUUUGUGUUCAAUGAAGUAGGUCCACGUAUGGCUGUUAAUAAUUGUGAAUAAUAGUUAAUAAUUUAAGCACUUUUUAAUUUUCCCAAGCCAACUUCAAAGUUGGAGAUAAUGUAAAUGCUGAAUGUGUCUCCUUUUGUUUUUCUUUCGUUGAAAAUGCCUUUGUGAAACGUAUUUUUAUAUGUUUAGGUUAUUGAAUUAUGGAUGGCACAAGGCCUGGUGCUUGUGCUGUUCACAUACUGUGUAUGUAGGGGUAAUCUGUGGUGAGUUUGCCUUAUCUUCAUCAGACACACCUGGCAGAGUGUGACCAUGCUGUGCCGUGGCCGUCCAUACUGUUGAGUAUUCGUGCCUUAGAGGCUUAAAGCCAAUGGAAAGGAGUGGAAAGGGCGACUUUAACAUUUAUUUAAAUUUUUUAUUUUUUGCUCAGCCCUAAGGUGACUCGUGGAGACCAAAAGCUGGUGGUUAAGACCACUAUCGCCAAUCCCACUGCUAGCAAGCGCCAGCCACUGUUCCUCAUGGCUUAGUCCAGACUUAGAAUUCAAUCAGGACAUUUAGACUCGAAAUACCAGUGGCGAUUAAUUGCCUUUCAUGGCCUACAGUGUCUUGAUUAAAUUCCUUUGAUAAAUGCAUUAAACUGAUUGAGGACUGUGAACACCAUGAAACUUGAUACAGUUGAGAUUGUCUUUUUCAUAAUGUGUAAUAAUUUUUUUUAUAUGAAUGUAAAUUGCCAUGUCUUGCUUUAUAUCAAUCACCAUUUCACAUUUCACAAUGGCCAACAUAAUCAAGGUCAAAACGAGAGUUUCUUGUUCAUGUCACUUUAAUAAGUGUGAUAAUAUAAUCCAUAUUAAAAUAUUCUGACAGACAAAUAAGAAGUGCCUAUUCAAAACAGAGAACAAAAAAUAAACAGCUGCAAUUUUGUGAAAUGUAAAUUAUUUACAAAGUUUACCAAGUAUAGGUAUGUCAAGUCAAUAAAAGGAAUCUGACCAUG